UCAUGCGAAUGGGCGAACUUCCCGCAUGGUGGCAUAAACAGUUGCUACAGAUCAUUACCUAGUUUCUCUCCCUCCCAUUUCUUCCUCUUUUCCUUUCUAUUUUCUUUUUUUAAUACUAACAUUUUCCACCCCCUCCCCCUUUCCCCACGGGGCAUUUACCCCUGAUCAUCAUUUCUUCAAGAAUUCUGGUUCUACAUAACAUUCUUAUCAACCGUAUCUGUUCCCAUGGACCAUACUAAUCAAAAUCUUGGAGAAAAUACCCAGAUUACCAGCAACCCAAACUGGACUAUCAAUGUCCCAGAUCAGAUAAGAACAAUUAAAGUGAGCAACAUCUCACUUUCUGCCACUGACAAAGAAAUUCAGGAAUUCUUCUCUUUCUCUGGCAAUAUCCAGUAUGUUGAGAUGCAAAGGGAAACUGAGACCACUCAACUUGCUUAUGUAACUUUCGAAGAAUCAAAAGGGGCAGAUACUGCAAUGCUUUUGACAGGAGCAACCAUUGCAGACCUUCCAAUUUCAAUAACACAAGUUGAAAAUUACCAGUUGCCUCCUAAUGCUGUUUUAAACACAGAACCAACUUCGACUGGCUCUGCUGUCCAGAAGGCAGAAGAUGUGGUAAGCACGAUGCUUUCCAAAGGCUUCAGUUUGGGAAAGGAUGCUUUGAACAAGGCAAAAUCUUUUGAUGAGAAGCACCAACUGACAUCAACUGCCUCAGCCACUGUUGCUUCAAUCGACACUAAAUUAGGCCUUACCGAGAAGUUAAGCCAGGGAACAGCUGCUGUUAAUGUAAAAGUGAAGGAGAUGGAUGAACGCUUCCAGGUGUCUGAAAAGACGAGAAGUGCCUUUGCAGCUGCUGAGCAGAGAGCUACUGUUGCAGGAUCUGCUAUCAUGAGUAACCGUUAUGUGUCAAGUGGAGCCUCAUGGGUUUCAAAUGCAUUCAAUAGAGUGGCCAAGGCAGCUGAGGGAGUGAGCUUAAUGACCAAGGAGAAGGUUGCGAAAGCAGAAGAGGAAAGAAGGGAUAACCUACAGAAGGAACAAGUGGCAAUGGUAAAUGAAUUUGCACAUGUCCAUCUCGAUCAAUCCUUGGUUGGAGAUGUUCCAGCUCAUCCUGCUAAUUCUCCUGAUGGCAGUAAGCUUGUAUAAGUUUGAAAUUUUAGAGAAUUUCUCGGCCAAAUUGGAGUUCAACCUCUUUUGUGCUGUAUGAUAUCUUACAGAACCUCUGUUUCACCACAAAAACCAUAAAUCACAACUUCAUUAUUGCACUGUACUAUAUUUGAUUGUUGCUUCUAUACUAUCCAGGGCAUGUUAUUUGCA